CAUGCAGUGUAACAUUUAUUACCAGGAGAGGAGAUCCACUCUGGACCAGGAGGAGUUGGAACCUCUGCAGGUGAAACAAGAACAGGAAGAGCCAGAAGAUCAUCAGAUAAAAGAAGAGCAGGAGGAUCUAAAACACCAGCAGAUAAAAGUGGAAGAGAAAGAAGUUUACUGCAGUCAGGGUGAAGAACAGAUUGAAUUAAAACAGGAGACUGAUACCUGCAUGGUGGUUCCUGUUGAUGAGCAAACAGACCACACUGAAUCAGAACCAAACAGGAACCAAGACAUCUUCCAGGAAGCUGCUGAAGCUGAGAACCAAAAUCAGGAAAGAAGAAAACCUUUCUCAAGUGUCAUCUGUGAAAAGCGUUUGACUUUCAAAUCUGUUUUUGAUGCUCAUAUGAGAACUCAUACGGGUGAAAAGCCGUUUACAUGUGUGAACUGUGGAAAAAGUUUUUUUCACAAACAUCAUUUAACUCGGCACAUGAUGAUUCACACUGGUGAAAAGCAGUUUACAUGUGUGACCUGUGGGAAAAGUUUUAUUCGAAAACAUGUUUUAACUAAGCACAUGAUGAUUCACACUGGUGAAAAGCCGUUUUCUUGUGUGACCUGUGGAAAACGUUUUCUUCGAAAACAGGAUUUCAGUAAGCACAUGAUGAUUCAUACUGGUGAAAAGCCAUUUCCAUGUGUGACCUGUGGAAAAAGUUUUAUUCGAAAACAGGAUUUAAGUAAGCACAAGAAGAUUUACACUGGUGAAAAGUCUUUUUCAUGUGUGAACUGUGGAAAACGUUUUAGUCAAAAACAGAAUUUAACUCAGCACAUGAUGAGACACACUGGUGAAAAGCCGUUUUCAUGUGUGACCUGUGGAAAAAGUUUUAUUCGAAAACAGGAUUUAACUCAGCACAUGAUGAUUCACACUGGUGAAAAGCCGUUUUCAUGUGUGACCUGUGGAAAAAGUUUUAUUCGAAAACAGGAUUUAACUAAGCACAUGACACGUCACACAGUUGAAAAGCUGUAGAAGUAUGUUCCAUAAAUGUCCUGUGUUGUAUUUGUUAAAUGUGAUCAUUUUGAUCUUCACAUUUGGAUACUUAGAGAUGUUCAACCAUGACACAUUUUCCUUCAUUGAUGUUUUAUAUUUCUGGUAUAUUCUGUAUCAAAAAACAAUAAUGAUAAACUUUAUGUUAUUGUAUUAACUUACUAUUUAUGUCAAACUGUAUGUUGUGUGUGUACAACAUGAAGAGCAGAGGGCUCAGCACACAGCCCUGAGAAGUGCCAAUACUGAUGCUGAUAGAUGAAGAGGCUUGGGGGCCCACUGACUAUUUCAUGCAUUAACAGAGUUUGACCGGACAUGGACUCCCUUCCAGAACAUUCUCACAUGAUUGGACUUGAGGGAUUGAUUUGUAUUAUUCUGUACCAUAGAGAGUGAG